AUGGCCGACGUCAUGGUCCAAACCCCCCCGGUCCUCCAAGGCCCCUCCGAGAAAGAGAGGAAAUACGAUCGCCAACUGAGGCUCUGGGCUGCUUCUGGCCAGGCCGCCCUCGAAUCUGCCAACAUCCUCCUCGUCAACUCCGGCUCCGGCACUGUUGGUGUUGAGACGCUGAAGAACCUUGUUCUCCCAGGUAUCGGUAGUUUUACAAUUGCCGACCAAGCCACGGUCCGCCAUGAGGAUCUCGGCGUCAACUUCUUCCUUGACGAGUCCUCUCUCGGCGAGUUGAGGGCCGAGGCAUGUACCAACUUCCUCAUCGAACUCAACCCCGAGGUCCAGGGAAACUGGUACCCCAAGCUGACUACCACCAAGGACUCCUUCAGCCUCCAAGAGCUGCUCUCCACUUCCCCGACAUUCACCAUAAUCCUCUACGCGCUACCUCUGCCCCUGGACCAAGUUCAACUCCUCCAUGACUACGCUCGUCAACACAGCACUCCGAUCAUGGCAGUUCACUCCGUCGGCUUCUAUUCUUACUUCAAGACCACACUACCCGGGACCUUCCCGGUCGUCGAUACCCACCCCGAGGAAACUGCCACCACCGACCUGAGGCUGCUUACCCCUUGGCCUGAGCUUGUUGACUUUGCAAAUGACAUGACCAAAAAUAUCGACAGUCUAGACAACCAUGAGCAUGGUCAUUUGCCUCUUGUUGUCAUUCUGCUCCAUCAUCUUGAUCAGUGGCAACAGAGUCAUGGUGGUGCCUAUCCGACAAAAUAUGCCGAGAAGACUGCCUUCCGCCAGACGAUAUCCGAUGCAAUGAGAAAAGACAACCCGGAAGGAGGAGAGGAGAACUUUGAGGAGGCGGUGGCGGCUGUUAUGAAGCACGUCACGGUCCCUUCCAUCCCCGGCUCCCUCCAGCAGGUCUUCGAUUACCAACAUCAGGAUCCCGCAAAAGUAAAAUCCAGCUUCUGGAUCAUCGCCGAGGCUGUGAAGCGGUUCCACAAAGAACACGGGUGUCUCCCCGUCCCGGGCGGCUUGCCAGAUAUGAAGGCCCAGUCAAGUGUUUACAUCAAGCUUCAGAAUAUUUACAAAGAAAAGGCACGUCAGGACGUCAGACAGGUUCUAGAUUCAGCCCACGGCAUUCCAGGCGGCGAAGAAAUUGACUCAUCCGAGGUUGAGCUGUUCUGCAAGAACGCCCGCUUCAUUAAGCUCAUCAACAGCGAGGAAGGAAAUGCGGUCCGGGUGGAUCAGGUCGUGGAUCAAGAGCUAGCAAACGAUGAGAUUGCCGCCAUGGCCGGCCCGGAAAUGCCCCUGUCUCUUCUUCCCAUCUACCUCGCUCUCGCAUCCACCUCUCAUGUUACGACUGCCUCCCCCCAGGCAAUAAUGGAACGCAUUAGUCAACAAGCACCAAGGGCCGAAAGCAGCGAACGAUUCCUCAAGACGGCUCAGGAGGUCUCACGGGCUGGUGGUGGUGAACUGCACAACAUCUCUGCUGUCACUGGUGGAAUGGUAGCCCAGGAGAUGAUCAAGGUCAUCACAAAACAAUACGUCCCAAUCGACAACACUUGUAUCUUCGACGGCAUUGAAAGUCGAUGCCAGGUGCUUCGCUUAUAG